AUGCAGCGUGAUGUGGAAGGUCUAAAUGAACAACCGAUGGAACAUAAGUUGAAACCUGCCAUCAUCCCCUUCGCAGGCCGCAUUGGAGGAAACCAGGACUAUGUGGUUGAUCGCAGUAAUCCAUGCAAUGCCGAACUUCUGGCGAAGGUGCCUGAUGCAGCGCCUUUGAGAACCUUUCGUGAUGGAUUUGAUUUUCGCGGUUUCCUUGAUAGUGGCGUUUGGAAAUAUGCCUUGGUUGAGUGUAUUGGUACGAUUGAUUCCCCUCGAGUUCAUCCGCCAUCAGCUCCUGUAGUUCCACAUACCCAGGCUGGCAUAUACGGGACGACAGGUUUUCUUGCACCUUUGAUUGGUGGUAUCACUAAUUGGCUGUUUUUGACGCUUUUCAUUUUUACCUUUUCUCCAGCAAGCGGUGGGCAUUUGAAUCCAACCAUUACACUAGGUACCUUUUUUGCACGGCUGAUUUCAUUUCCUCGCUUGAUUCUAUACCUGGUCGGACAAACUGCAGGAGGCGCUUUGGCCGGUUUGAUUCUCGAAGCUGCAUAUGGUACAAGAGACUAUCUGGUUGGAGGCUGCUUCGUUGAUACACAACUUAUACCAGUGAAGGAUGCCUUUUUGCUGGAAUUUGUUUACUGUUUAUGUCUAGUCUUUUUGGCCUUUGGUGUUGCUCUUGAUCCACGUCAGGCUGGGGUAUUUGGACCAGCUCUAUCCCCUUGGCUGGUUGGGCUGGUUUUGGGGCUUCUCAGCUGGGGUUCAUCUUUCACACGAGCUGGCUAUGAAGGAGCAGCUCUGAAUCCGGCUCGUUGUUUCGGCGUCUACGUGGGAUCUCGGUUCCCGGGUUAUCAUUGGAUUCAUUGGGUAUGUCUAGCAAGAUCUCCCCCACCAGAGCCUCAACUAAGAAACGAAAGGUUGGGUCAAUCCUAG